AUGGAGGAAGCAGCUGGGCCCCCUGCCCGGACCGAGGCCCGAGUGGUGAGUGCCACACUGAUGUGGCGGCAGCAGCCUCCUGCUCAGGAAGAGAUCAGACACCAUUUUCACAAGAUGUCUCUGGUGUCAGGAACCCGGAUGGAAGCCCCCCGGGAGGAGAUGUUUGAGUACAGCCACCAUCGAGAGGAAGUCAAUGGCUUUGCUAUACGGGAAGAAGAGACUGUGAAUUAUCAGGGUCCUCGGAAUGGGACUGGCCUGAAGAGCUUCCAGAGCCAUGGGCCCAUCUUUUCCAAGAAAUAUGCACCACCUCCCAAAGAGAAGAGGCCAGUGGUGAGGCCAAAGGACUCUAUAGACCAGGGUGACAGCAGUCUCCAGCCUCCCAGGACUGAACCCCCAGGCCCAGGAGCCCCAGCCAGGACUGAGUUCUUGGUGCCCCUGCCUGGGCCCCGUGAACUGAGCCCUCACCCAGGUAUGGGUCUUGCCAGUGAGGGCCCCAGGCUCCACGAGGAACGGCGAGUGACACGCACUGUGCGGACUACCACAGUGGUGGCAGGACAGGUGGACCAACGAGUGAACAGCUCUGUGACCGUGAGGCCAGUGCUAUCGGGUGAGGCCCUGCCCAGAGGCCGCAAUGCUGUCCGCACAGUCCGGGCAGUGGUGGUGAGCCCCCAAGCUGAAGGCUUACCCAGCCGCAGCCAGGCCUUGGAGCUGCUAACAAGCCUGGUGCCUCCUGAACGCAGCCCACCCGCCAGUCGGAUUCCCAGGCCCAUGGUCGUUGUGCCAAGGAGCCCAGGUCUGGGCGGCAUAGGGAGGGCAGCAGAACCAAAGGACAGAUCUGCCCUGGCCCCUGUAAGCAUCCCAGCAGGUGCUCACCCACCUCAAUACCCUGCAGCGCCCCCAGACCAAGACCAGAGCAGAGUCCUAGAGACCAGGACUCAUGAGGCCCCCAGGGUACAGAGAGCCUCCAGUCCCACUCAACUUUCACUCCAGACUUCUCAGGACCAAGUGCCAGGACCCUCCUCCCCCAAACUUCAGACCCAUACCCCCUCCCUGGAACUAGUCCACCCACCAGAGCAACCUGUGGUGUCCACUCACCCCAGGACUCAGCACACUCUCAAGCCCAGGGUGUCCCAUGACCUGAACUCUGUAAAAAGGGAAGGGCUCACGGAGCCCUUGGCUGCCACCACCCUGCCCAUGGUGAGGAAUGGGGUUGUCAUGACCCCUGGGCAACUUCUUGCUCCGUCCUCUACAAAAAGGAAGGCUGCUUCUAGCCCAGGAGGUUUUUCUGCUCCAUCAUUCCCAAGCAGUAAGGUUGUUCAGGACUCUGAAGACAUUCCUUUCUUCUCCCUCAACCAGAAAGAGGGAGUGGAGGACCCUGGUGCUCCUGCUGCCUCUUCACCCAAACCAUCCAAGGUUACCCAGGACGCAGAGGGCAACCCUAGCUCAUCCUCCACCCAAAAAGAGGUUGGACAGGAUGUUGAAGGCAAUCUGGCCCCUUCCCUCACCAAAGAAGAGGUCGUCCAAGGCCCAAGUGCUCUGGCGUCUCCAUCCCCCAAACAAGAAAAGGCUGUCCAGGGUUCUGAAAGCAGCCUCAUCUCAUCUCCUACCCAAAAGGAAGUUGUCCAGGACUCUGGUGCUUCUGCUGUCCCAUCUUCUACCCAGAAAGUUGUUGUCCAGGGCCCUACUGUCCUCCCUGCCCCAGUUUUCUCAGUAGACAAGGUACCCCUCAGCCCAGGAGGCUCCCCUGUACCCGUGCCAUUGGGAGCAGAGGCCAGCCUGAAGUCCCAGUUUGUUCCUGACUCCACAAAGAACAAGACAUUCCCAGAGCCAUCAAAGGAAGAGGAUGAAGUGGCCCUGACUGCAGAUUUGGAGAUUUUCCUGGAUACCCUGCGGAGCAUGGAGCCCCCUGAGAUCCUUCGCACUCACAGACUGCCACGAGCCCCCCGCUCCUCCUACCUGGCCAUGUACGCCACACUCCCUGCCAUCGAGGAGGACCAGCCUGGGCCACGGGUGCUGGGACCCAGCCCCCAGGAGGCGCCAGCACUAGAGCAGGGAGAGGAGGAGGAGGAGGAAGAGGAGGAAGAGCCAGAGAACCCCUACCUGAGCGAUGAGGAGAAGCUCCAACACAGGCAGGAGAAAGCUGGGCCUGGCCCCUCUUGGGACCCCCGCCCUGCCAAGCCUCCUCAGGACUUCCGCUCUCCUCUGGAGAUGAUGAAGAAGCAUGUAGCAGGUGCCAAGGGCUCCAACCCAGAGCUGGGGCUGGAGUGGCAGGCCGGUAACAGGCCCACUUCCCGUCUCGGAGGCAGCCUUCUCUUUGGUGGUCUGGUGCCUGGUGUCAAAGAGCCACUGGGCACAAAACUGUCUGCUCUGCCACCCCAUGGGACACCAGGGCUCAGGAAAGUGCUGGGACAGUUGCCUCUGCUGUGCAGUGAAAGGCCAGCGCCAGAGAAGCCCACCCGAGCCCAGCCCCUGGAGGGGUGGAGCCCAGCAUUGAAGACCCAGGGCAAGCUGAACACUAGGCCUGGAAAGGUGAUUCUCUUCUCGGAGCCCAGCUGCCAGGGCAACAGUAGGGAGGUCUGGGAAGACAUUGCCGAUGCCUCAGGCUGGGCACUUAUGGCCUCCAUAAGGGUGGUUCGAGGCUGCUGGGUGCUGUAUGAAGAGCCGGAGUUCCGGGGCCAGAAGCUGGUCCUGCCUGAAGGAGAUGUAGAACUCCAACCAGCGUGGAGUUCCAAAGGCAUUGGUUCCCUGAGGAGGGUUGUCCAGGACUAUAGCACCCCGGAGAUCAGCCUAUUCUCUGAAGAGGGCCUCAAGGGGGAGCAAGUGAAGCUAAGCAAGGCCUUGCAGGACCCCCAGGACUUGGGAAGGCCCCUGAAGGUAGCAUCCAUCACUGUCUCCGCAGGACUGUGGCUGCUGUACCCCAAACCCUUUUUUGAGGACACUCCCUGCAUCCUGGAGCCUGGAGAGUACCCCACCUUGGAGGCCUGUGGCACAUCCGACCCCUUUGUGGGCUCCUUGAAACCCAUGACAUUGGGCUGCCCUAGUGUGGAGAGGCCAGGGGAGCCCAAGGCUGUGGUGUAUGAGGCUCCAGGUUUUCAGGGCCGCAGCUGGGAAGUGAGCAGAGAUAUCUACAACCUUCAGCAGCCAGAGGACAGCCAGAGCCCCUGCCUGGCCUCCAUGGGGUCCCUGCGUGUCCUUGGGGGCUGCUGGGUGGGCUAUGAGAAGGAGGGCUUCCGGGGCCACCAGUACCUGCUGGAGGAGGGAGAGUACAGCGACUGGUCACACUGGGGAGGCUACAACGAGGUGCUGACCUCCCUGCGGGUCAUCCGCACGGAUUUUGGGGACCCGGCUGUGGUGCUGUUUGAAGCCAUGGAUUUCGAGGGGCCUGGCGUGGAGGUGAGCGAGGCAUUGCCCGACCUGGAGUUGGCCGGACACGGACCCCGCACACAGGCCAUACACGUGCUCAGCGGCGUGUGGGUGGCCUAUCAGGAGGUGGGCUUUUCCGGGGAGCAGUACGUUCUGGAGAAGGGCGUGUACCGCAACUGCGACGACUGGGGCGCGGGCAAUAGCGCCCUCGCCUCUCUGCAGCCGGUCCUGCAGGUCGGGGAGCACAAUCUGCACUUUGUCUCAAAGAUUCAGCUUUUCUCUGGCCCCGACUUCCUGGGUGAGCAUAUCUCCUUCGAAGAUGACCAGGCCUCUUUGCCGCCCUCCUUCCAGGCUCAGUCCUGCCGUGUCCAUGGCGGCAGCUGGAUCCUGUUUGAUGAGAAGAACUUUGAGGGUGACCAACACAUUCUCUCUGAGGGCGAGUUCCCCACUCUCACGGCCAUGGGCUGCCUAGCCUCCACGGUCCUGGGCUCUCUCCAGAAGGUUCCCUUGCACUUUUCAGAGCCCUCCAUUUUCUUGUAUGGGCUGGAGUGCUUCGAAGGGAAGGAGAUUGAGCUCAACGGUGAGGUGCGGAGCCUACAAGCCGAGGGCUUCAACAACCACGUGCUGUCUGUGCGGAUCAAGGGGGGCGUCUGGGUGCUGUGUGAGCACAGUGACUUCCGAGGCCGUCAGUGGCUGGUGGGCAGCUGUGAGAUCACCAACUGGCUAACGUACAGCGGGACCCAGAGGGUGGGCUCCCUUUAUCCCAUCAAGCAGCGCCGGGCUUAUUUCCGCCUUUGGAAUGCAGCCCUGGAGGGAUUCCUGGCAGUGCCGGACCAUGUUGAGGACAUGAAGGCGGGCCGGGUAGUGGUUUCUGAGCCUCGAGCUGGAGGCAGCUGCAUCUGGUACUACGAGGAUGGGCUACUGAAGAACCAGGUGGCCCCCACCAUGAGCCUGCAGGUGAUUGGGCCCCCCAGCACGGGCUCCAAGGUGGUGCUGUGGGCUGAGAGCCGCCUGCCCCGCCAGACAUGGAGCAUUAAGGAAUCAGGCCACAUCUGCAGCCAGAUGUUUGAAGACCGGAUCCUGGAUGUGAAGGGAGGCCGGGGCUAUGACCGGGACCAUGCAGUACUGUGGGAACUAGCUGAGGACAGGGCCUCUCAGAUCUGGACCGUCCACGUGCUUUGAGCCCCUACUCCUCUCUCCCACAUUCUUCUGGAGCCCUGGAGGCUGUUGCUGAGAUAAACUAUUUUUUACAGGUUUUUGUUGUUGUAACAUAAUCUGUUUUCUAAUAUACUCCCAGGCACCCUUG